CAGAAACUAAACCUCCCGCUCUCAACAACAGCAAAUGCUUCAUACCACCCCUUUCCAGUGAUCUCCCUUAACAGACUUCUGUAAUUUGUCACUUCUAACUGCCAACACCACACUCACCCUGCCCUGAGCAUGGGGGACACUGAGCCUUUUCAGUUCCCUGUGGCCCUGGAGUGGGAUCUGGGGCCGGAGAAGCUGAAGAAACUAAAGAACAAGCUGCUUUUGUAUUUCCAGAGCAAGAGCAGAUCUAACGGAGGGGAAUGUGUGAUCAAGGAACCUGACUGCACCCAGGGAUAUGUCCUCAUCCACUUCAGACAAGAAACAGUUCAACAGCAGGUUCUGCAGAAAGAGAAUCACACCCUGACGUUAUCAGGUGGAAAGAAACUAAAGUUACAUGUCAAACUGCCUGGGGCAAUUCAUCCACAGGACAAGGCUGAAAAUAAUCAACAUUCACAAGAAAGUCUCCAAAACCUUGUUGUAGAGCAUCUGUCCCAUGGACCAAAUACAGGAUCCCACGAUUCCCCACCUCCAGUGAUUCUUAUCGGGAAUGUCCAGGACUUAUGUUCUCUUGAGAUGCUAAACCUCCUGGUGGAGAAUGUCAGCAGCAAACGAGAGGAUUUAGACUUCCACGUGGAGAUGAUUCCUGAGAUCUGCUCUGCUGCUCUCACCUUCACUUGUAACACUGAUAUCCUCAAUUUUAUGGAUGGCUUCUCCAGAAACCACAGGGUGAAACAACUGAAACUCACAGCAAUGCCUUUGGAGGACACUAAUAUUAUCAGGGCAGAGAAUCUGCCCCCAAACACAUGUGAGGAUCACCUGAUGAUUUACUUUGAGAGCCCACAGCAUGGAGCGGGCAGAGUUGAGCAUGUUGAACUUAUUCCAGAUGAGGAUGCUGCACUAAUCACAUUUCUUGAUAAAAGAGCUGCAGAGAUGGUGAUGGAGAAGAAACAUGUGUUUGGAAAGAGGCCGAUAUCAGUGUAUCCAUAUUAUGAGUCCCCAGGUAUAACUCUAUAUGGGAAGAAUGGGCCAUGUGUAACAUUACCCAAACCUCUGGAGGUGCCAAUCAGUCCUUAUGUACUAGAAUUCAUACUGGGACAUUCACAGAUAAAAGACAACAUAGACAAUAAGAUGAUAUAUAAAAAUUGCGAGAUCACAUGGCCAGAUACAAACUAUCCCAAUCCCACCAUUAAACUCUCAAUUCCCAACCCCAUAUUGUCUCAUCUCAGGACUAUGGCAAAAAUUGUGCGGACAUGGAACGAUCAGGUUUUCACCGAAUUCUCUGUUAUUAUGUCCAAGUUCAAAGCUGCAGAGUACAAUGUGAAUCCAUCAGUUUGGGAAGCCAUCAAAGGAGAAGUCGAAAGCUCCACAUAUGAGGGAGUCUUGGUCAAACCAGACCUUGCCAAACAGAAAGUCUUCCUUGUAGGACUCACCAAAGAUAUUAUUAAGAUAGAGGAUACUUUCAGGGAACUGAUAGAAAAUACCUCCAGGGAGAUUUAUAGACAAAAUGAAAGCUUGGCUAAAACCAUGCCACUCUCUCCUGCUCUCUAUGAAAUCAUGAAAAGAAACGGCCUUGAGACAAACCUACAAAAAUCAUUUCCAAAAGUAAAGAUCUCCUAUGAUGUAGAAUCAAAGAAUAUUGAGCUCUAUGGGCUGAAAGAGGAAGUGUUUGGAUCCCAAUGUGAAAUACUAAAAAUAGAAAAAGGUUUGAAAAGUAAACACAUUACUUUUAAGGGUCACGUGAUAAAUUUCCUGGUGGCAGCAGGCCACGAAAAACUCUCAUGUUUUCUCUUUAUACAGCACAAUAUUAAUGCAAUGUUUGAGAUUGAGGAUAAUGAAGUCACUUUGACUGGAUUCUCUGUGAAGGAUCUGUCAGAUGCAGAAGAACAAAUGAGACGUCAGUUAGUUUGUAAGCAACUUACUGUUGAAGACAAUAUGAUUAUUCAAAAACCCGAGUGGAAACAGUUAAAGGAAUAUUUGCAUGAAACCUUUAAUGCUGAGAGACAAACCAUUGUGAUCGAGGAGUUUCCCAGAGGAGCAGAGAAUCAGGUGGUUAUUGCUGGUCUGGCUCCCAGUGUAGAAAAAGCUUUCCAACAGAUCCAUGACUUUUUGGAGAAGAAUACUACCAUACAGGAGGACAUCAAGGUACAAUCAGUAGCGGUCAUGGAGUUUAUCAAGGAGGAGAAGAUACAAGAUGUGAAAAAAAUAACAAAAAAUAUUGAGAUUGAGAUGAAGCACCAGACUAUCUUAAUGUGGGGUCCAAGACUAUACGUUCAAGAAGCAGCUGGACUUAUAGAAAAUGUAUUGUCUUCUCUGCACUGGGAUGUGCUGCAGAUUAGGAAGCCGGGAGCCAAGAAGUUCUGCUUGAAGAACAAAGAGCUGCAUGUUACUACAGCAAAGAAUAAAUACAACUGUGUGAUACACUUACAAGAGGAUGGAGAAGAUGGAUUUAUAUCUAAUGUGGCAUGUGAGGGUGUACUCCAUUAUCAAGUGAACCUGCCAGGUCAAGUGACUAUUGCAGUAUAUCAGGAUGACCUGACCCAUCACUCUGUAGAUGUUGUAGUUAAUGCAGCCAAUGAAGAUCUGAGGCACACGGGGGGGUUGGCCCUGGCCCUACUGAAUGCUGCAGGGCCCAAACUACAAACUGAUUCUGAUCUCAUUAUUAAAACACGUGGUAGAUUAUCGACUAGUGAGUCAGUGAUUACUGAUGCUGGAAAUCUGCCAUGCAAACAGGUUAUACACACUGUAGGGCCCAGGUGGAACCCAGUCUGUCCAGGAAAAUGUGAUCGACAACUCCAGAAAGCAAUAACUAAUGGCUUAUAUCUGGCUGCAAGUAAAGGACACAGGUCCAUUGGGAUUCCAGCUGUCAGCUCAGGGAUUUUUGGAUUUCCAUUAAAAAGGUGUGUGAACCAUAUCCUGGAGUCCAUUAAGGAAUAUGUGGAGGAUAACUCUGCACACAGCAGCAUUAAGCAAAUCCAUCUAGUAGCUGAUAAAUUAACCACAGUCCAGGCCUUUGCUGAUGCUCUCAGAACAGAAUUUGAACAGCAGAAAGUUGGAUCAGCACCAAAAGCAUCAAGUUACGUCACAGUUGAAAAAUGUGAGAAGUCACCAGCCAGAAUCACGAACUCCCAGCAAAAGACUGUGACAACCAAGGAGGGGCUGAUAAUUAAGAUUAUCCAGAAGGCGAUUGAAGACUCCACAACUGAUGUCAUUGUGGACAACGUGGGGCAGAAUCUCCAACUAAACGAUUGGCAGAUAAGCAGUGCCUUGUCCAGACGGGCUGGACCUGAACUGCAGCAGCUUCUGUUGGAUGUCAGCCAAGGGGCAUCACUGCAUAUUGGAUCAGUGCUUUCUACCGACAGCUGCGACCUCAACUGUGUGAAGGUUUUUCAUGUUGUGAUGCAACAUUUUGACCACAAGGUACUCGGAAGAAGUAUAAAAACCUGCCUGGAGUUGGCUGAGCAACAGAGCUUGCAAUCAAUAUCAUUUCCAGCCAUUGGCACAGGAAAACUGGGUUACCCUAAGAAUCUGGUGGCAGCCACAAUGAUUGAUGUGAUUUCAGACUUCAGUGCUAGAAAUAAGGCACAAAGUCUCCGAGAAGUAAAUAUUGUCCUUCAUCCAAAAGAUACAGAGAAUAUCCAGGUAUUUUCCACUGAACUUCACCAGCGCUGCAGGGAUGAUUCCUCUAGUGAUAGAAACACAAACUCUGCUUUAGCAUUAGAUUUCUUUGGAACGGUGACAAGCCCAACUCUCGGGGUCCAUGAGAUGAGAAUUGGCCCCAUUACCUACCAGGUGAAGACCGGAGACAUAACCAAGGAAAAUACAGAUAUUAUUGUGAAUUCAACCAACAAUUCCUUCAACCUCCUAUCAGGGGUCUCCAAAGCAAUUCUGCAAGCAGCCGGACCGAGUGUAAUUUUUGAAUGUCAGCAGCUUGGGUUGAACCCUUCCUCGCCUUUUUCUUCUUCUUCAGCGAUGAGUAAGAUGUUUGCAGCAAUUUACGGGUCACAAACUAAGACAAGCUUCAUCAUGACUCAGGGUGGUAACCUUCAGUGCAAAAAUAUCAUCCAUGUGGUAGGACAGAGAGACCCGAAAUGUAUCCAGAGAUGUGUCCUGGACCUUUUGCAGGAGUGUAACAGACUGCAAAUGACUUCAGUUGCCCUUCCGGCCAUGGGAACAGGUGCAGGGGCUGUUGCUGCCAACGUGGUUGCUGACGCCAUGUUGGACGGAGUGGAGGAUUUUGUCAAAACACAAGCAGCACCAUCAGUUAAGACUGUUACAAUUGUAAUUUUCCAGCAGCCCAUGCUCAAUGACUUUUAUACGAGUAUGAAAGGAAAGGAAGGGACAGCCAUGUCACAGCCACAAUCCACAUUCAGUAAAUUAUACUCUUGGGUUCUACCAGCCAAGAAAAAGCCCACCCAGAAGUUGACAGCAUUUCAAUUAACUGAUAACAUUGAUCCAGCCAUUAUACACCUCUGUGCGGCCACUAAGAAGGAAGUCAUAGACACCAGGUUGUGGCUUGAGAAGUUAAUUUUAGAAGAGCAGUUUGAGAACGUUCUCCAGGAAGAGUGGGUUGGUGAUUUUGAAGAGACUGAGCGACAGACACUAUCAGAUUUACAGAAGAGGCUCCAGAUCUCUAUAGAGUAUGAACCUUCCACUUCUUCUGUAACAGUCUCAGGCCUCACGAGGGAUGUUAUGGAGGCAUCCAAAGAAAUCCAAGGCAUGAUAAAGCAAAUAAGGGACAAGAAAACCAAGGACCGUGAGGCUGAGCUGUGCGGUAACAUGGUAGAGUGGAGUUACCAUGAUGGCAGGAGAAUGGUCCCAUUUGAUAAACUAACAAACCUAAAACUAGAAGAGGCGGCAAGCGAGAAGCAGCAAUUUGUUACUGUGAGGGUGAAUGGAACAGAAUUCAUUGUUGAUGUACAAAAAAGAUCCGCUACAGACACUCAGGGAAACACCAAGGAGAUCGUACGGGUGGCAAAGCAUGGAGACGCCUUAAGUGUACCUCCUACCUGGGAUCCAAUGGUGAAAGAACAAGUUAAGAUGGUACCAUUGGUCGUUGGUUCCCCAGAAUACACUAGCGUUCAGGGGAAAUUUGCUCAGACCUGCAACAUGAGGAUCCUUAAGAUUGAGCGGAUCCAGAACCAAGCUCUCUGGCUAAACUAUCAGAUCAAAAAGAAGCAUCUUGACAACAAGUAUGGCAGCACCAACAAUGAAAUGCAGCUGUUCCAUGGUACCGACCACAAUACAGUAGGAAAUGUCAAUCACAAUGGGUUCAACCGCAGUUUUGCUGGAAGGAAUGCAAUUGGCAGUGGGACAUAUUUUGCAGUGAAUGCAAAUUACUCUGCACAGAACACUUACUCCAAACCUGAUGUGAAUAGGCACAAACAUAUGUACCUGGCGAGGGUACUGACGGGGCAAUAUUGCUGCGGCCAACCUGGAAUGAUUACUCCUCCUCCCAAGAAUCAGUCUGACCCAACAGAUCUGUACGACAGUGUAACAGAUAAUAUUAACCAUCCCUCCAUGUUUGUGAUCUUCAGUGAUAUCCAGGCCUAUCCCGAGUAUCUCAUCACCUUCGUAUGAGGAGCCUGGGGCUAACUAGACACACAUUCUGUACUUCAUUCAAUUGGAAGGGCCUUAGAUUUCCAGGGUCCCCUCAGUGCCUUUUUAUCAGGGGUGCCCAAAGGGUAGAUGGGGAUCUACCAGUAGACCUUUAGCUGGUGAUCAGUAGAUCUCAA